AUGGACCAAGAUACUGAGGGGAAACAAGCAAUGUCCAAGAGACUGUUCAAUGUGCUCGGUGAUAUCGGGGUUAACAGGAAGGUGGUCGAUUUGAGGAGGAAAACAUGGUUGACUAUUGAAAAGCAACAAACUGCCUUCCGUACUAUAUCAAUAUCAUGCUUACCAAUAUCAAGCCUACACUAUUUCUACUUCUACAGCCAAUCUGAAGGAACGACGACUUUGGGGAUGGAGUCUGAUUCAGACGUAUUGUGCCAUGACUAUGAAACCCAUAUACUGCUCAAAUUGUCUGAAUGGCAAGUUGGAGGAAAAUAUACGGAUAAUUUCCUGGUUCUUAAGAAUAAGCAUUCCCCGCCGCAACACUGCAACUUGCAGAUACUUAGGCAGGACAAUCCACUGCCAGCCACACUCGACAUGAUACCAAAUGACUUUAAACAUAUGAUGGAAGUGGACAUGGAGGGGAGGUUGCUGCUUAAAAGCACACGCUUAGAUGAACUGUCUAAAACGCAUUUCGGAAACGAAUAUAUUAAGAAAGGUCCGUCAAGAAGUAUGAGUAAACAUAUUGAUUUUGUGUAUGCACUUUCCUGUAUCAGACGGCCAGAUGAAUGCAUGUUCCUUUUCCGCAGACCACGGCCGGGGCAUUGGCCCACACCUGCGGUAUUAGCAAAAGCAAUAAAGACUCCAACAUAUCUUGUCCAUCAGGGACAUCCUGAGAGUUGUCAUCCUGAACUGGAAUGGAGAUGGUCUACACCUCUUAUAGAACGACUGCUUAUAUUUGACUUGAAUAUGAUCAAACUUAAGGUUUACACAUUCCUUAAAAUAUUACGAAAAACAUAUUUCAAGCCAUAUUUUGAUGACAGGUUAAGUACCUACCAUAUGAAGACUGCCAUGAUGUUUACCUUAGAGAGCUAUCCAAAGAAAAUUUGGAAAAAGAACAACUUGCUGCAGUGUGUGAUCUUUUGUCUAACCACGCUCAGGCGCUGGUGUAGGAUGCAUUAUUGCCCACAUUACACCAUCUCUAGUGCGGACCUAUUUGUAGGGAAACUGAAGAAGUUUGAGCUCCCUCGCAUCUCUGACAUGUUGUUAGAUAUGAUAGAAAACAUAAGCAAGUAUGUGGUAGACAUAUCAAUGGACCGACUGGGUGAGAGAAUGUUAAUGUUGUCAAGACCAAAAAUCCCUAUCCUAAACCUUUGCACAAGAUAUGACAAUAAACUGAUAAUACUGCAAAGGUGCUUGGAGAUGCUUCUAAUUAUGUUUUUCCACUCAGCAUUCAACUUGAGAGGUUCAAAAGAGGAAAGCGCAUUGCAGCUAAAAACCAAAUAUAAAAAAGUGGAAAGCACUUGCCAUUCAGUCAAAAGCGACACUGAGGACGAGUUCACCAAGGAUGCAUUUUCCAUGUUAAUCAAAUCUUUGAAUUUUUUCAUAGCCUCAGUCCAGGCUUCAAUUUGCAUAGGGUCACAACAAGAUAUCACAGAAGAAAUAAGAGUGCAGUACCAAAAUUCAAUGGACUUCGAUUUAUCUUCCGGCAGAUUAAAAUACUCCGCCAUGCUGUACUGCAAUGGGAAGUAUGAGAAAGCUGCAUCAAUGUUAGAAGACAUUGAAGGACUUCUGCAUGGUGACUUGUGGCAGUUAAGUUUACAAAAAAGAGACACAUUCAGACCUAAUCACAUAUUUCUAAGCAAAGCGCUUGACAUACCGGUUUCAAAGAUUGUUAAGACAUCAGUGGCACUCAAUGUCACGUUUGUCUUUCAGGAACUGCACUGUGUACCCAAACAUUUGGUGUACGAGAUGUACAAAACUUUCACACCUGAAGACGCGCAACAAUACAAAAUUUGUGACGGUUAUAUGGACAGUGCAAUUAUUGAAUCUGUUCCAUUUCUCUACUACUUGCAGUACCUAACCUACAGAAAACUUAAACAACAUGACAAAAAAAGUGCAGCAUUGCAUAAACUUGCUAACUAUCUUGAUGAUGAAAGAAAUAGGCAUGGUUAUGUUGAAACAGCAACCAAUAUCCUAGGCCACUGUUACAAACUGCAGAACAGACUUGACCUGGCCUGGCAGUGUUACUCUAGAUCUCUGAGACUGUUUCCCUACAACAACGCUGCAAGGUGGCACAUGGCGAUUAUAAUAAACAAACUAAUCAAGCAAUGA